AUGGCCGCCAGCGCAGCCUUGCUGCUCCUCGCCAGCGCUCCGGCCACCGGGAGGUCGUCACCAUUCUGCGCGGCUGGCUGCUUGCGCGUCCAUGCUGCGAGGUCUAGGCUUGCCUGCGGACACGACUCGUGCGUCGGCGAGCAUGCGGUCCUCCGCCUGCGCAGACGCUAUAUUGACUUCGGGGAAGCUGCGGCGUUGGUCAGCGGCGGUGGUGCCCCGCUGGCAGACACGAAGGCGACGUGGAGGCUGCUCGGUAUGCUCAAGCGCAGUCCCCGCAGCGGUCUUCCGCGACGUGCGAAGUUGGUCUCAUCGAUGGCUUGGAGGGCGGCGAUUGGUACCGGGUCAACGGACAGCUCGAUGGCGCCCUGUGCCCAGCGUGCGCUCGCGGCUUACAUCAGUUGCGUCUGCGCCGGGACGAUGCCAUUGACAUGCGGUGCUCUCGCGUACCGACGUGUGCAGUGCGGCGGCAAGACACUAUUUUGGUCGCGCGGCACCGCCCUAUGGGCAACGUGCCCCGCAGACGACGGGCAGCGUGUCGUGUCGCAGGGGCUGUUGGACGUGGGGAGUUGCUUUACCCACGAUGUUGAGCGCAUCAGCCCAUCAUUCCGGGUCAAGGUAUCCUGUUGUGGCCACUUGACUCGUCCCUGGAGCCGUCCCGGGCGCGCGGCAAGGGACACGCACUCCUGGGACUUUGAGGCCCAAUGUCAACGCUUCGCUCGUCGCCCAUUGGACUAG